AUGUACGGCACUUUUGAGGAGGGCGUGCAGCCCACCGUAGGAAUGGAUUUCCAGAGCAAGACCGCAUACCUCGAGGAUGGGAGGUCGAUGCGCCUUCAGCUGUGGGACACGGCUGGCCAGGAGCGAUUCCGAAGCCUAAUCCCCAGCUACAUCCGGGAUGCUGCAGCUGCAGUGAUCGUGUACGACAUCACAAGACAAGCAUCCUUUCAGGGAACGAGGGCAUGGAUCUCCGAUGUCCGAGCGGAGAGAGGUGAAGAAGCGGUUCUGGCAGUUGUCGGCAACAAGUUGGACCUUGCAGACGAGCGCCAGGUCUCCGAGGAGGAGGGCCGCGAACUUGCCAAGGAGCUCGGCGUACUGUUUCUGGAGACCAGUGCCAAGAGAGGAGAGAAUGUGAAUGCCCUUUUUCAGCAAGUGGCAGCUGCGCUCCCUUGUGAGCGGCCUGGGCCCUCUCCGGAGCGUCCGAAACCGAGCGACACUGGCUUCCAGCUUCGAAGUCAGGAACAUGGUCGUGAUGCUGGAGAGAAGAAGAAGAAGCAGUGUAAGUGCUGA